CGCACUAUGAGACAUUAAAAAAACUCUAUGUAUACAGGAACCUUUUCGACCAGUUGUCGGGAAAUCUCUCUAUAUCUUCCUUUCAAACUCUCAAUAUCACCAAGACACUACAAAACAACAAAUCUACUACUUUAUUUAUCAAAAAUAGUGGUUUUGCAUUCAACAAAAAUUAUUCCCAAGACCCUCUCAGUCAACAGACAAUCUUCCUUUCUUUAAUAAAUAUUUUGAUUCUGGAUUUCCUAACGACCCUUUUGUAUGCUUGUGUUUU